AUGGCCUGGAGCUUCACAUGGUGGGGCCGAGGGGCAACCAGCGUAGACCGUCGCCUCUCCAGCUGCUUCGACGACACCGCGCAGCGCCUGGAGAGUUUCGCCGCCCGCUGCGCCGGGAAAGCCGGGCCCAGCUCAGCGGAGGUGGCGGCGUAUCAGAAGAGUGUGGAGCAGGCUGACAUCGUGACCCUGGGCGAACAUUGGACCAUCGCCUUCCUGAAACGUUUUGGAUUGCUGUGCAGCAAAGAUGAUCCCUUCAUCCCAACAGCAAGGCAGAGGAUUUGUGACUUUCGUGCGGAGGAAGCGGCCAAGGAUUCGGUGAGUCGCUCCAUCUUUCACCGUGCCCAGUGUGUUUGGCAGCUGGGCAUCGAUGGGGAUGAGGGAGCGUUGGCUGAUGGUCUCUUCGAGAGUGGCGAGCCCAUUUGCGGCGCCCCGGCCAGUCACGGGCUCUACGUUUGCCGCCUGCGCCACACCCGCGAAGGCGACGCAGAGAUCCAGGCCUUGUGCGCGGCGCUGGACACCAGUGUCUUGAGAGGUGGAAAGGCACCACAGGGGCUGAAGCUGAACCUGCAUUUGUCAGAUGUGCCUUGUGUCUCUUGCUUGGGCUGCACCCUGCAGUUUCAGUUCCGCUUCCCGGGUUUGCUGAAGGUCUCUUUCGACCGCGGCCGCGUGCAGUCGAAGGACUCCAAGAUCAUUCCGCGACCGCCACCGCCGCCGUCGAAACGGGGGAACGCGGUGCCAUAUGCCCCGUUGCCCAACGCCCCACACGACGGCGUGGAUCGGAGCAUGCUGCGGAAGGAACGGCCCAACGAUGGAAGGGCGGACAGCACCUCCUUCUACCUGAACCCCUUGGCUGCGCGUCGUCCCGAUGGUGCCAGCAAGGGAGGCGAGGAGGCCGUGCCCCACAAAUUGGUGAAUGGUCGCAAUGGCGCACCGCAGCAGCAGACCUACUACUUCUCCGCUGGGCCUAGUUUUUAUGGCUCGGAAGACUAUGACAGUUGCCAAUGAACCGAGGAAAAGAAAACAUGGUGGGUGGUUUCAACUCUCUACAUAUGGUUGCCAAUGAUGCGUGUUUCACUUAUGAACUUGGAUGUGUAAUUUCUCCUGAUUGACUGAUGUACUUUUGGUGGUGAAACCACCAACCGGGAAACGCGUGGCAUAUCAUAUGGUCGUGAUAUGCAGGGUGGUUUCAGAUGAUGUGGUGGGACCGUUGAAGAUCAAACUGGCAUUUGGGUGGUUGUUGCAUGUCUUUGCGAGAGUCUGAUCAAACUCCCAGUGUGAUGUGGGACAGAAGGAAGG